AUGUCGAAAUUUUUUCGAUCUGCCCGCGAAAUCGCAUUCAUGACUGCCGCUGGCGCGACGCGCUGCUCCGCUCGAGCUGCGGCGCGCUUGCCCACGCUCUCGCUCAGCGGCGGCCGCCUCGCCUCGUGCCUCUUCCUCUCCUCGCUCUGGCCCGAGCCCGACUCCUCCGCCGCGGGCGUGCGCACGGAGGCGCUGCUGCACGCCUUCCAGCGGUGGGGCUACGACUGCUCCUUCGCGGCGUCGUCGGCGCCCAAGAGCGCAUACGUGGAGCGCCUCCAGUCGCGCGGCGUCCAGGCGUACGAAUGCCCGCCCAACCGCGAGGCGGAGCUCGCGCGAGUGCUUGAGCGCACGGCGCCGGACGUGGUCGGAAAUUUCGACCGCUUCUUCACCGAGGAGGCCUUCUCUUUCCGGGUGCGCGAGCUCGCCCCCGCCGCGCUGCGCGUGCUCGACAUGCAGGACAUGCACGCGCUCCGCCGAGGCAGGCAGCUCGUCGUCGAGCAGACGCUCGAGCAAGGCGCCUCGUCGGACGCUGCGAUCUCGGCCGCGCUCGCACACACGCCUUCGGCAGGCAGCAGCGACCUGCUGCGCGAGCUGGCGGCGGUUCAUCGCUCCGACCUCACCCUGGUCUGUUCGCCGGUGGAGCAGCAGCUGCUCGCCGCCUCCUACGGCAUCCCCUCGCACAAGCUCGCCCUCGCCUCCUUCUUCUGCGCCGAGGCGGCGCCCGACGCGCAGCCAGGCGAUCGGGGCUUCGGAUACGGCCGCGCGAACGGCUUUGGUGCGCGCGCAGACUUCGUCACCGUCGGAGGGUUCAAGCACCCCCCCAACGUCGACGCUGUUCGCUGGCUUGCGAGCGACAUCUGGCCGCGCAUCCGCGCCAGGAUGCCGCAGGCGCAGCUGCGCAUCUACGGCGCGUACCCAACGGCAGCGGUGCAGCGCCUGCACUCGCCCGACACGGGCCUGCACGUCUGCGGCUACGCGCCCAGCCUCGACGUGCUGGCGGCGUCGCGCGUGCUGCUCGCGCCGCUGCGGUACGGCGCAGGGAUCAAGGGCAAGGCUGGUCGGCGCUCCGACGCGGCGUGGGGCGGACUCGUGGCCGAGAGCGGCGAGGCGUUCGCAGAGGCCGCGGUGCAGCUCGCGAGCAACGCAGCCGUGUGGGAGCGCGCGCAAGCGGGUGGCCGGCGGCUGCUGGCGCAGCUCUACGCGCGCGAGGCCAACUUGGGCGUCGUUCGCGCGGCGAUCGAGUCUGCGCGGGUGGGGCUGGCCGAGCGGCGGGCGGGCGACGUGUACGGCGCGCUGCUCUGGCAGCAGAGCGCGCGCUCGACUGAGUUCUUCUCGCGAUGGAUCGAGCUGAAGGAGCGGCAGAAGAAUGACACGUAG